AGAAAGCUGCAAGAUGGCAUACAAGGCAGCAUUACUUUGCGUGGUCGCGUGCUUGGUUUACCAGCCCUUGGCUGGCUGCUACCUUCCUAAACCACCUAGCCGCAGCUCCGGUAAAGUGAUCGAAAAGAUAAGUUACAAUCCGAUUGCUAUUCGACCGACUAGCAUUUCGAGAAACUGCGUAUCCAUCGAUAUCCCCAAUUAUGGAGGCUCCCUGGCCGUUUCCAGCAUCGGACCGAUCUCGCCGUCCGGCAUCGCCGUCGCCACCGACCUGGGUCUGGCGGGAGACCUGGUGCUCUCCGGCGAGCUGCCGUACCUGAGCGCGGUGGCGUUCGAGGGCAAGUUCGACACCAGCGGCGCCGUGCCGGUGGCGUACGGCUGUGGAGACUACGUCGGCAUCACGGAACAAAUCGGGGGCAUUGCUGGCUCUGGCUCCUACGUUAGGAAUAUCGGCGCUAGCUCUUAUGGCUCUUCUUACCUUGGCUGUGGAUGUAAAUAUUAAAAGUUGACCGAGGUGGUGGAU